AUGCCAAAAUUCCGAUUACCAAAAUGUCAAUGUUCAUGUUCAAAAGAUAAUUUGAAAGAACAAUUAUUAUUAAUAUUGACGAUUGUAUCUGUUGUAUUGGCUAUAGGAAUUGGUAUUGCAUUGAGAGAAAUAAAGUGUGAAACAGACGAACGAAUAAAUGGCUGUCGUAUUACACCGGAAGAUAUAACAUAUAUUGAUUUUCCCGGUCAACUAUUCAUAAAUGUGUUAAAAAUGUUAAUUUUACCAUUAAUUGUAUCAUCAAUUAUUUCAGCAUUGGCGCAACUGGAUGCACAAACAGCCGGGAAAAUUGGUGUACGAGCAAUAGUCUAUUAUUUCGCAACAACAAUAAUUGCUGCCAUUAUUGGUAUUAUACUUGUAUUAACAAUACGCCCGGGAUCAAGGGGCGCAGCGCCUACGAUUGAUUCAAAAGCAAAAGCAGCCGAAGGUCGAAUAGCUGAUACUAUCUUAGAUUUGUUCAGUCGUUUGAAAGAAAAGGCAGAUGUAUUAAAAAGAUUUUUCGAGGCUUUAUUGGAAGUUGUUAUGCAAUUGAUACGAUUAGCAAUGCUAUACAGUCCAAUUGGUAUAUUUUUCUUAAUUGUUGCCAAAUUACUUGAGAUGCCAGAUUUGGCUGCAUUUGCCGGCUCAUUGGGGCUUUACAUGGCUACAGUGCUCACUGGUUUAGUGGUACACGGUUUUAUUGUUUUACCAUUGAUAAUGCUUAUUAUAACCAGACGUAAUAUAUUUCGAUACACAUUAAAUAUGAGUCAAGCAUUAUUAACAGCAUUUGGUACUGGAUCGAGUUUAACAGCAACGCUGGCAUCUGUCGGAGCUGCCAGUAUCCCACAAGCUGGUCUUGUCACAAUGGUUAUUGUUUUAAAUGCUUUAGGUUUACCUAGUGAUGAUGUAAAACUAAUAUUUGCUGUCGACUGGCUAUUAGAUCGAUUUCGUACAGCAAUUAAUGUAUUUGGUGAUGCUGUUGGUUGUGGUGUUGUACAACAUUUAUCACGAAAAGAAUUGGAAGCAUUAAAUAAUGACGAUAAGCUUGAAGAAAGUACUGCUGUUAUAACUGCACUAGUUGAUCCCAAAAACGACGAUAAUACACCUCCACCGGAUGAUACAGUAACAGAAACACAAAGAUCAACACCAGGGAGUGGUCAUUAUAAACAUCACGAAACAUCUGUACCUGAUGAUACAGUAACAGGAACAAGAACAUCAACACCAGGGAGUGGUCAUUAUAAACAUCACGAAACAUCUGUACCUGAUGAUACAGUAACAGAAACAAGAACAUCAACACCAAGGAGUGGUCGUUAUAAACAUCACGAAACAUCUGUACCUGAUGAUACAGUAACAGAAACAAGAACAUCAACACCAAGGAGUGGUCGUUAUAAACAUCACGAAACAUCUGUACCUGAUAAUACAGUAACAGAAAUAAGAACAUCAAAACCACGUCGUCAUUAUAAACAGCCCAAAACACAUGAUAAUCCAGCAUUUGAUGAAAGUUAA